AUGGCUUCUUUCCCCGUUCACGAUGCUUUUAUGGAUGAAUUAUCUUGUCCAGUUUGCUUUGAAGAUUUUGUGGAACCUAAAUGCCUUCCAGGAUGCGCGCACAACGUGUGUAAAAUCUGUUUAGAGGACAUUGUCAGAGCGCAACCGAAGACUAAACGUGGCUACUUCCAGUGUCCUAUCUGUCGAGAAAAGGCCAUGAUUCCUAAUGGAGGGAUUUCAAAAAUUCCCACUAAUACGCUGAUCGUAAGAAUGCUGGAACGAUCAUUGGUUCCACGAGCUCAGCAAGAAAUCGCGAGGGCUUUAGAGAGAAGCAAGGAGAAAAUUGCGGCUUUGAAAACGGCUCAGGACUCAAAUCACAGUGGGGCCUUUGUAGAUGUAAAAAAGAAGGGAGAGGAAUUAAAGAGAAGAAUCGAAGAAAAGGGAGACGCGCUUAGAAAGUUGAUUAAGUCACAAGAAGAGAUGAUGAUCGCUAAAGUGAAUGAUUACGUGAAGAAGUUUGCCCACAAAAAUCCUGUUAGUGAAGUAAAUAGCCUAUUGAAGAGGUUGGAAAUUUCGGUGAAGCAGGCAGAAGAUGUCUUGAAAGAACCAAGCCACUCCAAGAUGCUGCAGUCAAAGGUGGCAAUCGUAAAGAAGCUGGAAACAAGUUGCCAUUUUGAAAUGAAUUCCUCCAAAGCUUCUCGCAAUUUGGAUUUGGAUUUUUUUCCUAACGAAAACCUUGAAGAAUGCUUGAAAAAAGAGUGUUAUGGAAAACUGGCAAAAGGCAGCGGAGAAGCUGAUUCAACAACUAGGCAUCAAGGAAAAGCGCAAGUACUGAAGACCAUAACAGUUGAUGACAUUGGAGAAACAUCUUUUAACCCGUACACCGUCGCAGUAUCAGCGGAGAAAGGUGAAAUGGCUGUCCUUGACGACGAAUCUAAUAGAGUGUACCUCUUGACGGAGAGCGGAAACUAUCUAAGAUCAUUUGGGGUCAAAUUUGGUGAUUUGUACGAUGUAGCCUUCGUCAGUGAUAAAUGCCUUGAUGGUAUUCUGGUGGUAAAUCGUUCACAUAACCGGUUGUUGGCCUAUUACCGCCUUAACGGAAGGUUCUAUCCAAUGUUCUACGCCACAUAUCGAAGUCUGAUUCAUUCCGAGUGCUCAAAGGUGAAUUUUUCUAGCGUCACGCCCACUCCAGAUGGCCGUCUCAUCGUAACUUCAGAAGGGCUUGACGAGAGCUGUGUGAUGGUUAUUGAUAUGAAAGUUGGUCGGCAAAGCAAGGAUCUUAUCUUCGGAAAAGGGCAUCUUGCUUGUCCCAGAAAGGCACUUUCCUACAACGGGGAGUUUUUUGUUUGCGAUCGAGAUGAUGGAACAGUCAAAGUGUUUGACGCGAGAGGAGCGUUUCGACGAGAAAUCGGCGAAGAUUUGGAAUGUCCGCGAGGGAUCACUAUUGACAAGAGCACAGGAAAUAUUCUCAUUGCAGAUCCGGGCACUGACAGCAUCUACGCCCACCAAACAUGGGAUGGAUCGCUUGUGGGCAAGUUAUCUUUGGAUAAACCUCCAAUCAGCAUUGGAUUAAACGGGCAAGGCAAUGCUGUGGUCUGCUAUCACGACAAUCAGUCGCCCUGUCUUCAAAUAAUGUCUUUCCAGUUUUAA